AUGAGCUUUGUCAGUGACUGUGCGCCGCCCCAGGUCUACAGCUACGACGAAACGCCCCAAAACCCGCUGUGGGCGUGCACGUUGCCCACGGCGAAGGGGCUCUACAACCCCGAGCUCGAAAAGGACGCCUGCGGCGUGGGGUUCACCUGCCACUUGAAGGGACAGGCGUCCCACAAGAUCGUCCUGGACUGCCGCAACUUGUUGUGCAACAUGACCCACCGGGGCGGGGAAUUGAACCCCAAGGACGGCGACGGCGCCGGGGUGCUCUGUCUGAUCCCUCAUAAGUUUUUCACCCGCGAGUUUGCCUACCACUUCCCGCAGGACCCGUUGCCGCCACAAGGGCAAUACGGGAUUGGUAAUGUGUUCUUUAAGAAAGGCGACGAGCUAGUAUUUGGUAAGCUGAAGCAGACGUUCGAGAGUUUGGCCACCGAGUGUGGGCUUCGCAUCAUUGGCUGGAGAGCCGUGCCCCACGACUCGCUGAUCUUGGGGCCGGCGCUGUUGCUGAGAGAACCCUUGAUCUUACAACCGGCAAUUGUGUUGGCCGACACCCCCUCCCAGUGGCUGGAGCUGGCGCUGAAGGACUUGGAGCGCCGGUUAUACGUGUUGCGCAAACGGCUGACCCACGUCAUCGGCCACCAGAACUGGUUCUACGUGUGCCUGUUGUCGCUGAAGACCAUUGUCUAUAAAGGUCAGCUUGCUCCCAACCAAGUGUAUGCUUAUUUCCACGAUUUGGUCAACUGUGACUUUGAGGCCCAUUUCGCCCUUGUCCACCUGCGGUUCUCUACCAAUACUUUCCCCUCAUGGGACCGGGCUCAACCGCUCCGGUUAGCGGCUCACAACGGUGAAAUCAAUACGUUGAGAGGUAAUAAGAACUGGAUGAGAGCUAAGGAGGGGGUGAUGCACACCACCGCCUUUGACGACGUCGGCAGCGGCCAGCUGGUGUUGGAGAAGCUUUUCCCCAUUAUCGAGGAAGGCGGGUCCGAUUCCGCUGCCUUCGAUAACGUAUUGGAAUUGUUGGUGCUUCUGGGGACGUUGCUGUUGCCCGAAGCGGUGAUGGUGAUGAUCCCCGAGGCGUGGCAGAACGACCCCUUGAUCGACCCGCUGAAAAAGGCGUUCUACGAGUGGGCGGCGUGUCUCAUGGAACCGUGGGACGGGCCGGCGUUGUUCACGUUUGCCGACGACCGUUACUGUGGUGCCAAUUUAGACCGUAACGGUUUGCGCCCCUGCCGGUACUACGUCACCACCGACGACCGGAUCAUCUGUGCUUCUGAAGUCGGUGUCAUUGACGUUGACCCUGAAACCGUCCUCAUCAAAGGGAGAUUACAACCGGGGAGAAUGCUUCUUGUCGAUACCCACCAAGGACGUAUUGUCGACGACACCGAGCUCAAGCAGACGGUGCUGGCUCAGCGUGACUUCAGAGGGUGGAUCAUGCUGAACAUGGUGUACAUGGACGAGCUUAUUAGCAAGCUCAGCGAGCGCAGCGUCGACUUGGGCCGCCACAAGCUGCUGCUUAACCCCACCAAGCUUGGCGACGACCCCUUCCUCAACGCUUUUGGUUAUUCUCAUGAACAAUUAGGGUUUGUCCUCGGCCCUAUGGCUGAAGGCAAAGAGGCUUUAGGGUCGAUGGGUAACGACAACGCCCUCGCCUGCGUCCUGGAACAGCCGAAGCUUGUCUACGAGUACUUUAAGCAGUUGUUUGCCCAAGUGACCAACCCUCCGAUCGACCCUAUCCGGGAAGAGAUCGUGAUGCUGCUUGAGUGCUACGUCGGCCCUCAGGGUAACUUGUUGGAGAUUAACCCGAAACAAACCAACCGUCUCCACUUGAAGUCUCCCAUUUUGGCCAACGACGAGCUUGCGGCGUUGACUGAGAUUGCCGUGGCUUACCCUCAGUGGAAGGUGACCGAGAUCGAUAUUACUUUCCCCAGAGAACUGGGCAUCCAGGGGUACAUCGACCACUUGGACGUCAUCUGCGACCAAGCGCUGAGAGCUCUCGCCGAGUCCACCACCGCCAUCAUCCUCACUGACCGGGCCACUAGCCACGACCGCGUCCCCGUGUCUGCUCUCGUCGCUGUGGGAGCUGUCCACCACCAUUUGGUGAGACAGAAGCAACGGCUGAAGGUGGCUCUUGUUGUGGAAACCGCUGAGGCUCGUGAAGUGCACCACAUGUGCUGUCUCUUGGGCUACGGGGUCGACGCCAUCAACCCCUACUUGGCCAUCGACACCUUGAUGGCGAUGCGUGACAAUAAGCUGUUGCCCCAAUUGCUGAACGCCGAGAUAGUCGCCAACUUCCGGGCCCUGGUUGACGCUGGUAUCCUUAAAGUGAUGCUGAAGAUGGGUAUCUCGACGUUGGCAUCGUACAAAGGGGCUCAGAUCUUUGAGGCGUUGGGUAUUGAUAACUCUGUCAUUGACCGCUGCUUUGCCGGUACUGCCCUGCGUAUCAAGGGGGUGACUUUUGAGUACAUUGCUCAAGACGCCUUCACUUUACACGAGCGUGGGUUCCCUGACCGUUACACCAUUAAACCCUCAGGUUUACCCGAAACCGGUGAGUACCACUGGCGUGACGGUGGUGACGCCCACGUCAACGACCCCGCCGCCAUCGCCUCGGUCCAGGACGCCGUCAAGAACAAAUCGCAACGGCUGUACGAUGCCUACUCCAAAAAGGAGUACGAGGCCAUCCGCAACUGUACCCUCCGUGGUUUGCUCGAUUUCGACUACGAACAAGCGUCACCCGUGCCCUUGGACCAGGUGGAGCCGUGGACGGAGAUCGUGCGCCGUUUCUUCACCGGGGCCAUGCUGUACGGUUCGAUCUCGAUGGAAGCCCACUCGACGCUUGCCGUGGCCAUGAACCGGUUGGGAGGUAAGCUGAACACGGGUGAAGGUGGUGAAGACCCCGCGAGACUGGCGGUGCUCAACGACCAAGGCGAUACCAUGAGACUGGCGAUUAAGCAGAUCGCCUCGGGUCGUUUUGGUGUCACUCUGUACUACUUGGCCGACGCUGACGAGUUGCAGAUCAAGAUGGCUCAGGGGGCCAAACCGGGUGAAGGGGGUGAACUUCCCGGCCACAAAGUGUCGGCGGAAAUCGGUAAGACGCGGAGACUGACUCCCGGGGUCGGGUUGAUCUCGCCGCCGCCUCACCACGAUAUCUACUCGAUCGAGGACUUGAAGCAGUUGUUAUACGACUUGAAGUGCGCCAACCCUCGCGCUCGUACCCUGGUGAAACUCGUGCUGGAAGUCGGUGUGGGUAUUGUCGCUGCUGGUGUCGCUAAAGCGGGCCUGGAAAACAUCUUAAUCUCUGGUGGUGACGGGGGUACCGGUGCUGCCAAGUUGACCAGUAUCAAGUACGCUGGUUUACCGUGGGAGUUGGGGCUUGCCGAAUCGCACCAAACCCUCGUGCUUAACGACUUGAGAGGCCGGGUCAUCUUGCAAACUGAUGGCCAAUUGCGUACCGGUCGUGACGUCGCCAUUGCCUGUCUUUUAGGUGCGGAAGAAUGGGGGUUUGCCACCACUCCCUUGAUUGCCAUGGGAUGUAUCAUGAUGCGCAAGUGCCACUUGGGUACCUGCCCCGUCGGUAUCGCCACCCAGGACCCUGAACUCCGGGCUAAGUUUGAUGGUACUCCCGAACACGUGAUUAACUUCUUCUACUACGUCGCCCAAGAAUUACGUCUGAUCAUGGCCCAGCUUGGUUUCCGCACCAUCAACGAUAUGGUCGGCCACACUGAACGUCUUAAGGUGCGUGAAGACUUGAGAAACGUCAAGAACGCCAACAUCGACCUCACCGCCAUCUUGACCCCAGGCCACCUGAUCCGCCCCGGUGUCGCUACCCACUGUGUGCGCAAACAGGACCACAAGUUGCACGUGCGCUUGGACAACAAGCUCAUUGACGAGGCCGAAGUGACGUUAGAAAAGGGGUUGCCGGUAACUGUCGACUGUGAUGUUGUCAACACCGACCGCUCGUUCGGGACGACGUUGCUGUACCGGGUGCUGAAGAUCUUUGGCGAGCACGGUUUACCUCACGACACCAUCCACGUCAACGCCAAGGGGCUGGCGGGUCAGUCGUUCGGGGCGUUCUUGGCCCACGGGGUCACGCUUGAGCUUGAAGGUGACGCCAACGACUACUUGGGUAAAGGCUUGUCGGGUGGCCGUAUCAUUGUCUACCCCCCCAGAGAGCUGGUGUUCAACGCUGAGGACCAGAUCAUCGCCGGUAACACCUGUUUCUUUGGCGCCACCCUGGGUACCGCUUUCAUCCGUGGUAUCGCCGCUGAACGGUUCGCUGUGCGUAACUCUGGUGCCACCAUCGUCGCUGAAGGGACCGGGGACCACGGUUGUGAGUACAUGAGUGGUGGUCGCGUGGUCAUCUUGGGGCUGACGGGGCGUAACUUUGCUGCUGGUAUGUGUGGCGGUAUCGCUUACGUGUUGGACAUGGCCCAGGACUUCUCCACUAAGGUGAACAAGGGUACCGUGGGUCUUUAUAGCGUCACUGACCCCACCGAAAUCGCUUUCCUCCGGGGCUUGAUUGAAGACCACCGCCACUACACCCGUUCCGAAGUCGCCGAACAAAUCUUGGGUGAUUUCAACCGCAUUUUGCCUCGCUUCAUCAAGGUGUUGCCCCACGACUAUAAGAAGGUAUUGGAUAAGGAAAAGCACGCUUUGGCGGAAGCUAAGAAGCAAGAAGUCAGCCGGUUCAAGAUCCUCCUGGACCCGCUGGCCGACGCUACCAACGGCGAGGCGCUGAAGAUCAGACACAACAAGCUGCUGGUGUUACCUGCAAAAGAGCCUCCCGUGGCUGACGUCGAAGACACCAUCCUUCUGGACGACACCCUCAAGAAGCCGCUGGCACAAAAGCUUGACAAGGUCCGGGGUUUCAUGAAGUACAAGCGCCGCAACGAGACCUACCGCUCGCCGAAGCUGCGUACGUCUGACUGGAACGAAAUGACCACCCGCUUGUCCAAGGACGACUUGCAACACGAAACCGCCCGCUGUAUGGACUGUGGUGUCCCCUUCUGUACUUCGGACACGGGGUGUCCCAUCUCCAACGUCAUCCCCAAGUGGAACGAGUUGGUGUUCAAGGACCGCUGGUACGACGCGUUGCAGCGUUUGCUCAUGACCAACAACUUCCCCGAGUUCACCGGCCGUAUCUGCCCCGCUCCGUGUAUGGGGGCCUGUGUGCUUGGCAUCAACAACGACGCCGUCAACAUCAAGCUGGUCGAGUGUGCCAUCAUCGACCACGGGUUCGAACAAGGGUGGAUUGUCCCGCAACCGCCUAAGCAGCGUACCGGGAAACUGGUGGCGAUCGUGGGGCUGGGUCCCGCUGGUCUCGCCGCUGCUGACCAGUUGAACCGUGCCGGCCACCAAGUGACGGUGUUUGAACGCAGCGACCGGGCUGGGGGUUUGUUGAUGUACGGUAUCCCCAACAUGAAGCUCGACAAGCGUAUCGUGAAGAGACGUACCGACUUGAUGGAGGCUGAAGGCAUCGAGUUCCGGUGCAACGUCACCGUGGGCGAAGACGUGUCUGUCGACUCGUUGAAGCAAGACUUUGAUGCUGUGGUGUUCGCUGUGGGGCUGACCAUUGCUCGUGACUUGAACAUCCCCGGCCGGCUGUUGAACAACAUCGAUUUCGCCAUGAAGCUUUUGCAAUGGAACACCCAGGCGUUGCUUAACGAAGAGUUGCCUGAGGUCAGAGCCCAUUUGGAAGGCAAAAACGUCAUUGUCAUCGGUGGUGGUGAUACCGGUAACGACUGUCUCGGCACUGCCACUCGUCACGGGGCCAAACUGGUGACCAACUUUGAAUUGCUCCCCACCCCCGCCGAGCUGCGUCCUCGCGAUAACCCCUGGCCCCAAUGGCCCCGUAUCUUUAGGGUUGACUAUGGCCACGCCGAAGUCGCCGCCCACUACGGCAAGGACCCGCGCCAGUACUCGAUCUUGCUGAAGGAGUUUGUUGGCGAUGAAGAAGGUAAUGUCACCGGUAUCAAGACCGUUAGAGUCGAGUGGAAGCGUAACACCGACACUGGGGCAUGGCAAAUGCUGGAAGUGCCUGGCUCAGAGGAAUUGUUUGAAGCCGACGUUGUGUUGUUGCUGAUGGGUUUCAUUGGCCCGGAAGCCGACCACUUGAAUGUCACCAAAACUAAGCGGGGCACUAUUGCCACCCAGGACCCUCAAGGUUACGCCGUUGAAGACAACGUGUUCGCUGCUGGCGACUGUCGCCGCGGUCAAUCGCUCGUGGUGUGGGGUAUCCAAGAAGGCAGACAGUGUGCGCGUGAAGUCGACUUGUACUUGAUGGGCGAGACGAGAUUGCCUGGUAAUGGUUCCGUCGAACAACGCGACUACCGCUUGUUGGAGGAGCUUGCCGAUAAGGUGUAA